UACGUCGCCACUCGCCGCUGUUGUGUCGCUCAGAUGAGCAGCUGCAGUGAGACGGAGUGAGGCUGAAGUCAACUAGCGAGCGCCAGAAGUCAGAAACGCAACAUUUUGGGGUUAAAUUGACAAAGCGAUUUACUUUUCAUUUUUAUAUGUGGGUUUUUUUUGCAUUUGCAUCCGUUUUAUGUAAUGAGCCUGAAGUGACCGAUACUGGCCGCGUUUAGCCAAUGCUUACUGCGGGGGCUCACGGCGCGUCUCGUGGAUUAUCAUCCGUGGCUGCCGAGGCAGUGGUGGCAUGGUCGCGGCCGGUGGAGGCCCCUCUCUGCCGGAUGGAUGUGUGUGAGGCAGCGGCAGACUGAGACCACUUGUGAAGACCGACCGUCCGUAGUAAUGAUGCCCAGGUCUCGUCGGCAUCCGCGGGCGAACUCCUCUUGAAUGUUCGGGCUUCGUCGCCCUACCCACAAAGACCAUUUCCUCAUACGGCGAAAAUUAUAUUCCUUGAAAACUGGACGCCCCCGGAGCAGUUUAUGACGACCCUGGUAGGAGCGUGAUGAGCGCGCGCUUCCGCUUGCCUCCUGGCAGAUCCUACAAUGUCCGGGCGACGGAGCUGGAGCGAGACAGGCACCACACACAGGUUGUGUGCAACGUACUGCUGCUGGACAACACCGUCCAGGCUUUUAAAGUCGGCAAGUCUGAUCAUGGGCAGGUCUUGCAAGAUGCUGUCUUCAAGCACCUGGAGCUGACUGAAAGAGACUACUUUGGCCUGCACUUGGCAGAUGACUCUUCGGAUGUUCCGCGCUGGCUGGAUCCCAACAAGCCCAUCAGGAAGCAGUUAAAAAGAGGCUCCCCCCACAACUUAAGUUUCAGAGUCAAAUUUUUUGUGACUGAUCCCAGCAAACUUCAGGAGGAAUACACUCGGUACCAGUAUUUUCUUCAGAUCAAGCAGGACAUAUUAACUGGACGAUUGCCCUGUCCUCACAACACAGCUGCACUCUUGGCUUCCUAUGCUGUUCAAUCUGAAUUGGGGGACUACAAUGAGACUGAGCAUCCUCUGGGCUAUCUGUCCGAGUAUUGUUUCAUCCCCAACCCACCUCAAGAUUUCCAUAAGGAGGUCGCCAAACAUCACCAUCAACACAGUGGUCUGUCUCCUGCCCAGUCGGAGUUUAAUUAUCUGAACACAGCACGCACGCUAGAGCUCUACGGGGUAGAGCUGCACUAUGCAAGAGAUCAGAGUAACACAGAAAUACUCAUUGGGGUGAUGUCUGCUGGCGUUGUCAUUUAUAAGAACAGGGUACGGAUCAACUAUUUCCCAUGGUUGAAAAUAGUGAAAAUAUCCUUCAAGUGCAAGCAGUUCUUCAUCCAGUUGAGGAGAGAGGCGACCGAGACCCGAGAGACGCUACUUGGUUUCAACAUGGUGAACUACCGGGCCUGUAAGAACCUGUGGAAGGCCUGUGUGGAGCACCACACCUUCUUCCGCCUUGAACGACCCAUCCCGCUACAGAAGAAUUUCUUUUCCCAUUACUUCACCCUGGGCUCAAAGUUUCGUUACUGCGGAAGAACGGAGGUGCAAUCUGUACAAUACGGCAAGGAGAAAUGCAUCAAGGACAGAGUGUUUGCGAGAUCUCCUAGCAAACCUCUGGCCAGGAAGUUGUUGGGGGGAACUGACUGGGAGACGGUGAGCAGGAACAGCCUAUCAGAUGAAAGACUGGAGACCCAGAGCCUGCCAACUCGCUCGCCACCUGGGACGCCUAAUCAAAAUUCCCUGUUCACGCAAGAGGGCACGCGGCUACGCCCUUCGUCUGUCGGCCACCUGGUUGAUCAUGUGAUACACACGUCGCCAAGCUUGCCCGUCUUCUCUUCGAAUCAUAAGUCGGCCUCCUCCACGCAGGCCAACAGUAUAAGCUUGGACUCCACGCCUUCUCCUGACGGGGUGGACAGCCAACCUCCGGCUCUGCCCCCAAAGCAGUUGAGCAGGAAAACCUUGAGCCAGAUUAUCCAGGCCCACUCGCAGCAGAGCCUCUUGGACAACCACCUCAACGAGAUGUACGAUGUUCCCGCCAACACUGACAAGACCACGCUAAAUGGAGUUGUCCCUCAUGAUAAUCUGGUCUUGAUCAAGAUGAGACCUGAUGAACAUGGACGUUUUGGCUUCAAUGUUAAGGGUGGAGCUGACCAGAAGAUGCCAAUCAUAGUGUCCAGAGUUGCUCCUGGAACAUCAGCCGACCUAUGUGUGCCCCGGCUGAAUGAGGGUGACCAGGUAGUCUUGAUUAAUGGACGGGACAUCUCGGACCACACCCAUGACCAGGUUGUCAUGUUCAUCAAGGCUAGUUGUGAGAGCCACUCUGGAGAGCUCAUCCUACUGGUCCGGCCAAAUGCCAUCUAUGAUGUGGUGGAGGAAAAGGUGGACUCAGAACCAGAUUUUCAGUACAUCCCAGAGAAGUCCCCUCAGGACCCCAGCCAGCUAGAUCAGCAUGCUCUGAGGGACUCUAUGGUUGUCCUGAAGGAUGGUCUGAGCAGUGGAGCCAUACUGGCCCAGUUUGACCAACUGUACAGGAAGAGGCCGGGGAUGACCAUGCUGUGUGCCAAAUUACCUCAGAACGUUUCCAAAAAUCGCUACAGAGACAUCUCGCCCUAUGAUGCCACGCGGGUCAUUCUGAAAAGCACAGAUGACUACAUCAAUGCAAAUUACAUCAAUAUGGAGAUUCCCGCCUCCAGUCUCAUAAACCGAUACAUAGCUUGCCAGGGUCCUUUGCCCAACACCUGCCCUGACUUCUGGCAAAUGACCUGGGAGCAGGGUUCCUCUAUGGUGGUUAUGCUCACAACGCAGGUCGAGAGGGGACGGGUGAAGUGCCACCAGUACUGGCCCAAUCCAGACAGCAGCGCUCCCUACGGAGACUUCACCGUUACAUGCCACAACGAGGAGGGCAAUUCAGCCUUCCUAGUCCGGGAAAUGACCCUCAUGCAUUUACAGAGUGAGCAGCAGAGAGAGCUGACCCAAAUCCAGUACCUGGCUUGGCCUGACCAUGGCGUCCCUGACGACUCCACUGAUUUCUUGGACUUUGUUGCUUUGGUUCGGAGCAAAAGGACCGGGCAGGACCAGCCAGUGGUGGUACACUGCAGUGCUGGAAUUGGUCGGACAGGUGUUCUGAUCACCAUGGAAACAGCGUUGUGUCUCAUGGAGUGCGGCCAGCCGGUUUACCCUCUGGAAAUCGUCCGGACCAUGAGAGACCAGAGAGCCAUGAUGAUCCAGACACCUAGUCAAUACCGCUUUGUGUGCGAGGCCAUUCUGAAGGUCUACGACGAGGGACUGGUCCGACCGCUGUCGCCUGCUGCCUAUCAGCUCCCAGAGAAAGCGGAUGGCAUCCGAGAAGAGGAGGAGGAGAAUAUAGAGGAGAGAGAAGUCAAGGCGGAGAUAGGGGAGGAGGCGGCAGCUGUGGUAGACCUGCUGGAAGGAGGUCUGGAUGAGGAGGAGGAGGAGGACGACGACGAUGAAGAGGUGGAGGUGCUUGACGUGGGGGAAGUGACAGAGGACGAAGUGGAGGAGCCCAGCAUCGCCAGCGCCACCAGCGAGACAAGCGUCAACCCUGAACCCGAUCCUGAUGAUCCGUGACACUUUAUCAGAGGAAGCGGGAACAGGAGAUGAGAACAAACGCACUGUUGCACUUUAUAAUAACAAAGAUGGGAAGAACAAAUAGACAACAAACAGGAAACACAUUGACAGGUUCCAAUUCAAGAAGCAAUUCUGCGAAGUUGAUAAGGUACCAUUAGAGGCGGUUGUGUGUUCAGGGUACACACAAAGACAUGUGGAUGUGGAGUUGCUUUUGUGCCAUACAGUACGUACUGAGGGGAUGGGCUGUCCCAUGGAUGGAAGGCUUCCCGUCACCCUGUCCCCUUUGUGAGUGAGUCUGCCAGGCAGACCUGCCUUUUUUUUUUUUUUUUAACUUGAUACAGAGAUAAACCUUUUAUCUUUUGUCCCUCCUGAAAGAGUAUUUAUUGUGUUUUAUUUUGUGUCAAACCUUGUCCACUGAACAAAAUGAGUUGUAUGUUUUGUACCGGUCAAGAACAUCAUGCUUUCUCAGUCCACUUUAAGUAGUCCAGCAGUCUUAUCCCUCUUAACUGCUUUGUUAAUCGUUUGAUUUGUGAGGAUAGAAAAGCGACGUGAUUUAAUUUAUUGUUUUGAUCUUUCUCACCUUUCUUGUUUCAGACUGACAGAUGGACAUUGGGAGGAAAAUUUAGCACGAUGACUUCGGUUCAUUGCUUUGCGUUGGCAGACAUCACACGGCAUAGAGAAGAACAAAACAGUUUUACAAUGUUCACCCAUUUUUUUGAACUUGGGUGCAUUAAUCGCUUAAAAUCAAAGUGUCGGUAAAUUAAAUUGGAUCUCACACCACUUUAUUUCACCCCCAAAAUGAUCAAACUUUGACAACAUUCGCCACACUGAAUGGAUGGCAUCGAAAAUGUUUUUCUAUUGGUGGAGCUUCUUCCAACUGGGACUCAUUUGGGCAAAUUCCCCAAUAGAAGUUUGUCCUGAAAUGUGCCCAAAAUGGCUGCUUUAAACCCAAAUAGCCAAUUUUGAACAUGGAUCCUGGAGUCGUGUUAUUGAAAUCUCUCAUUCUAGGCAUUUCCACCUGUCAAACAUUUUUACGAGAUCAAGUUGAGGACCCCUGGAAUAUAUGGAUUGCUCUCAGGAGUCCCCUCUUCACCAAAUAAUCGGAAACCAUUUGGUGAGUCCAUACAGAUAUGAAGCCUGAAAAACAAACAUGUCACACUAUUGGAAAAAAAUACCCCAAAAUUUUCACAUGGAGUUGUAUUAUUCGUAACAUGCAGCACUU